GAAGCUGUACAACAAUUCAUAUGGUCGUAUAAAAAUGGAUUGCUUCUGAGCCGCAAUGCCGUUUACACUACGUACAACUACGAACACCGUAUGGAAAUGAAAAUGUUGUUCGAGGUGUUUUAUUCAGCCAAAGACUUCCAAACCUUUUACAAAACCGCCUGUUGGGCACGGAUUAACGUGAACCCCGGGGUCUUCACCACAGCCUUCACUGUCGCAGUGUUCUACAGAAAUGAUUGUAAAUACAUGAAGCUCCCACCCAUCUACGAAAUCUACCCUAAUCUCUUCUUCAGCUCCAAAGUCAUCCAAGACGCCCAGGACUUCAAGAUGGGCCAAGGUUACGGAAGCUCCCAAGGUAUGGGAUCUUCGGAGACCUACAAGAUCUACGCCAACUACAGCAGCGCGUACAUGCCAGACAUAGACAGUGAAUACAAACUGGACUACUUCAUGGAAGAUGUCGAAUUAAACUCUUUCUACUACUACUACCAGCAGGUGUUCCCAUUCUGGCUCAGCAGUAAAUACUUCAACAUUCCCAAGGAGAUACGUGGACAGUUCUACUACUUCUUCUACAAGCAACUUAUGGGCAGAUACUACCUCGAACGAAUGUCUCAAGGACUCGGCGAAGUAAACGAUUUCGACUGGUACAAACCGAUCUACCCUGGAUACUACUCGACGCUGACCUACUCCAAUGGCGUACCUGUUCCUCAAAGAAACAAAUACUCGGACAUCCCCUACUACAAAUACAAACACCUUCAGGAAAUCUCCGUGCUGGAGGCGAGGAUAAUGGACGCCAUCGACUCCGGUUACUUCGUGGGCCAGGAGGGCAAACAAAUAAACUUCUACUCGCAGGAAGGUCUGGGUAUGCUGGCCAACGUGAUUGAAGGCAAUGAAGAUUCGUACAACAAGAGAUUCUACGGAAGAUUCGACGCCCUUGCGCGCGAUAUCCUUGGUUUCAGUCCCGAAUACAGCAAUAAGAACAACGUAAUCCCUAGCGCUCUUCAGAGUUCUCCCAUUAGCAUGAGGGACCCAGCUUUCUACAUGCUCUACAAGAGAGUCAUGUCGUGCUUCUUCAGAUUCAAGGAAUUCCAGACUCCCUACAGCCAGUCAGACUUGCAGUGGCCUUCUGUGAAGAUCGAGUCAGUCAGUAUGGAUAAACUGACGACCUACUUCGACUAUCAAGACACCUUGAUCAACAACGCCGUCUCCGUCGAGAACUACAAACGUGGAUCAUCGCUUCGUUUGAUGGCGCGCCGUUUCCGUCUCAACUACAAGCCCUUCACCUUUAGAUUAAACGUUAACUCCGAGAAGGAAACGAAUGCUGUUAUCAGGGUGUUCCUUGGUCCCUCCUUCGGCGACAUACAGCAGAACUCCGUGUAUUUGUACAAAUACUACAAAUACUUCGUAGAAAUGGACAAGUUCUAUGUGACACUUCGCCCUGGCAGCAACAACAUCCAGCGCAGCAGCUCAGACUUCUUCGUGGUUGCAUCGGAAUCAGCUCGUAGCGACAUGUUCUUCAGUAAGCUAAACAAGGCCAUCAGCGGCAGCGAGCCAUUCGUGUACUCCGAGAAGCCGUUCAGUUUCUUCAACAAGCUCCCUAAAGGCAAACCUGAAGGAAUACCAUUCAAAUUCUUCUUCUUCGUCAGCGAAUACGACGAGGCCAACUCGCAGACCUACGAGUUCCCGAUGUUUGGUAAAGUUUCAUACGACGGCAAACCAUUCGGAUUCCCUCUGGACAGACCCAUGCGCGCUUGGAAUUAUACCAUUCCCAACAUGUACAUGAAGGACGCUUAUAUUUAUCACUCUUACAACUAGGGUAUGAAGCCCGAAAGGAGAGCACACUCGUAGCGAAAGCUGUCUCCAUCGUAGAGAGUUAAUUUGUGACAAAAGAUUCUUUGAAUAAAGA